UUUUUGCUUGUUUUAUAACUAGAAAUAUUGACUUUUGUGAAAAUACAAGUUUUUACUUGUUUUAUAACUAGAACUAUUGAUUUUGGUGAACUUAUAAAGUACGGAUAUUUCAUGAUAUACCACUGAGUUUCUUCGAAAUUCACCAUAUACCACACGAAAUGUUUUAAUUCACCAUAUACCAUUGAGUUUAUGUCCGUUAGCACAGAAUACCAUUAAUGACAACUGUCGUCAGUGUGCUGUUUGUGGUAAAUUACCAGUAUGCCCAUACGCAUUCAACUGGCGCCAUUGUUAGGCUUGAGUUCCCCAAACACAACGUAUUUCUUCAAAAAAUUGAUCCUCCAUCUUUGUUCUUCUCCAUUCAAGAAACUUUGUAUUCGUCUACAUUGAUCUAGAACCCUUAACAUCCAUCAAAAAUCCUUAAAAUCCUUAAAAUCGAUUUGUGUAAAGUGAAUUGCAAGUUUGUGAAGUGAUUUAGAACCCAAACACAGGUGGUCGUGACUGAAUUUCGCACAAAGUUUGCUAAUUCGGUGGAUUAAGCAUACGCAAGGUACCUAUCCUUAUCCAUUUGCAUUUCGAGUUCUGAUUUUGUAUUUUUUUUUGCAAAAUUGAGUUAGGGUCAGGGUUAAGUGUGAUAAGUUGCAUGCGAAUUUGAAUUAUGCUAAAGUGAUGUGUUUUUGUUUUGUAUGCAAUUUAUAAUUUGGAUUGUGAUGUAAUGUGUUGUUGGUAAAUGUUGUUGUUAGGAUGAGUACAAUGUGGUUGUUAGUUCGUGCUCCAGGGGGUACUUUUUAUGUAAGGGUGGAUGACACUGAUAAGACCAAUUUGAUGGAGUUAAUUGAGUAUAUGUUUGAGGAUUCAGUGAAAAACAAAACCUAUAUCUCCCUAAAUAUUUCACCAUGUUUGUCAAUAAACCUAGAACAAAUCGUAGUUAGAGUUAGUUGAUGAUGGGGCAAUGUUAAAAAUGUGGGAGUGGAAUGAAGGGAAUAGUGAAUUGAAGUGUUUAUAGAAGAGACAAAAACACUAUCCCUUAUGUUUUAAUCUGCAGAAGCUAGUUGGGAAAAAACUUUGAAGAACAGGGCUGAAAAUAUUAGGCUAAUGGAGGAAGAGAAUAUAAGGAUGGCAGAGGAAGCAGAAGCUGAGGAGUAGCUUGUGGCCCAACUGGCAUAUACUGUGGCUGUAGAGGUCCAUGUUUUGAAUGUUGAUGAUGAUGGGAUUAAACAUGUAAGAGUGUUUGCUACCCCAGCAGUAGAUGAGGUUUUUCCAGGAGAUUCACAACUUCAACCCUCACAACCUCAACCCUCACAACCUUAAUCCUCACAACCUCAACCCUCACAACCUCAAUCCUCACAACCUCAACCCUCACAACGUCAACCAUCUCAACCAAAUAACCCUCCAAGAAGGGAAAAGCUUACUCCAAAGAAGAAGAAAAUACCCCCUGCACAGUCAACCCAACAGCAGCCUAGGCAACCAACCCAGCCCAAAGAAUAAACCAGGCUUAAACCCAAAGAGUGGAGCGUGCCUAGAAGCACUGCUGUUAAGUUUGGCCUUGAUGUUGGCAUCAAAACUGCAGUAGGGAGACAUAUCAACACUAGUUACAUGGACUGACAGUUUGCAAUUUAAGGCCUGUUUCAUAUCUUUUGCAGCUCAAGUGAGAGGAUUCUUAGGUGGUUGUAGACCUAUCAUAGGAAUAGAUGGUGCACUUUUAAGUGGGUAUUACAAAGGGGUUAUGCUUACUACAGUUGAAAUAGAUGGGAAUAAUGAGAUCUUUUUGUUAGCCUAUGGGAUUGUUGACACAGAGAGCAUAGAAUCCUGGACUUAUUUUUUCAGAAACUUGAGGUGCUUGUUUGCUCAGUAUGAAUCUCAAAAGGAUGACUGGACUUUUAUCAGUGACAGGAUGAGGGGGAUUGAAUCAGCAUUGUUUGAGGUGUUCCCAAGAGCUACAAGGAGAAUAUGCUGCCAGCAUUUGUUCUCAAAUUGCAAGGCUGCAGGAUGGAGUGGGGCAGCAUUUCAUAAGAUGUUUUGGAUUGCGGCAAAUGCCUACAAUGAGUACGUUUUUGAAAAAGCUAUGUCCAAGAUAAAAGAGUUUGAUGCAGAAGCAUAUGACUAUCUCAAAAAUGUAGAAGAGCAGUGGAGUGUGCACAUGUUUGACAAGACAGUUUGUUGUGAUCAUAACACAACAAACUUCAUAGAGUCAUUCAAUGCAAUAACAAAGGCCAACAGGGACAUGCCUGUGUGGACACUGCUGGAAGAUGUCAGGAAUUAGUGCAUGAAAAGGAUGCCAGGUUCGAUAAAGCAGUAAGCAUGGAACCUAAUGAUCUAACAAAGCAUGCAAAGGGGGUGCUGGCGACUAGGACU